CUUUUGUUGGUGAUCGCUCUUGCCAUUGCAAUCUUGGCAACUUUGACGACUUCCCAACUACAACAAGGUAAAACUACAUCCACCACUAAAGAGGAGUUUGUAGCAAAGAUCGAUAAAUACCUUGACCAGGAGGGUUUGUUUGGUUCUCAUGCCAUCCACUUGGAAGCAGAGGAAUUGUUCCGUGGCGCAUUGAAGCGCAUCCGUGAGAGAUUGGUCAGCCCACCUCCUCUUCCACUUCCACAUCCACUGCCAACCGACUUUGUGCCACCCAUUUACAAUCAGACUGUUAUCGACGCCUUUGCCAGCAAGACCCUGCUCAACCCACCCGUGAACCUCACCUACAACCCAUACUCGAUCGCCGGCUUCAACACAACUCAGAACGACUCUGUGUGCGCAGUAUACUAUCCAGACGAGAGCGAUCGCUCCACCUACUACCUUGUCAACUUUACCUCUGCUGCCGAGGCCGAGGCCAACGGUGCCUUUGUCACACAUCUCCACACAUGUGGCCUGUGCUCCACCACCAAGGACCUGUCGUCCUACAUGCAGUACAUGGACCUGACCAGUCCGAUCCGUGACUGCGCCAUCGUCACAUUCGUCUCCAACGAAGAGUCGCUCGAGUGUAUGAUGCACUCUGUUGGCUUCACUUACGACUGUGCCGUCAUCUGGCUUUACGACGCACUCAACACUCGUGCCGACUGCAAGGACAUCUGUAUCUACGACUACAUUAUGCACACGCCAAACAACCUUCCACCCAACUCGACCAAUCUCAACCCAUGUCUUCAAUGUGAUGAGGACAAGAGUGGACCAGUGUUCAAGGCAGUGGCUGGCCGUACUCGUCGUGACAGUGGAUUGAGAAGUGCCAUCAACAGACCACCAAGUUCAAUCUACAACAUCACUCAUUAUUACUACUGA